GCUUCUCAGCUUCAGGUUCGCCUCAUGGCCGACUCAUCUGCUCCUUUCAAGAAAGUUCAGAUUCAGAGGGAUGACACCACAUUUGAUGCAUAUGUAAUUGGAAAAGAAGAUGCUCCUGGAAUUGUUGUGCUUCAGGAAUGGUGGGGUGUGGACUUUGAGAUAAAAAACCAUGCUCAGAAGAUCUCUGAAUUUGACUCUGGUUACAAGGCACUUAUACCCGAUCUGUACCGUGGAAAAGUUGGAUUAGAUGUUGCAGAAGCACAACAUUUGAUGGAAGGGCUUGAUUGGCAAGGAGCUGUGAAAGAUAUUCAUGCCUCAGUUAAUUGGCUAAAAGAGAAUGGUUCAAAGAAGGUUGGAGUUACUGGAUACUGCAUGGGUGGUGCCCUUGCCAUUGCAAGUUCUGUUUUAGUAUCUGGUGUUGAUGCUGUUGUAGCAUUCUAUGGAGUCCCUUCUUCUGAGCUGGCAGACCCUGCCAAGGCUAAGGCACCUGUGCAGGCUCAUUUUGGCGAGGAUGAUGGUUUUGCUGGAUUUUCAGAUAUUAAGGCUGGGAAAGAGUUGGAACAGAAGCUGCAGGAAUCUGGAGUUGAACAUGAGGUGCAUUUCUAUCCAAAGACUGGGCAUGCAUUUAUGAACAUCUCCUCCGACGGGGUACAAAGGAGGAGAACCAUGGGAGAGUCUGAUGUUGAGAAUGCCACUGUAGAGCUGGCCUGGUCUCGUUUCCGCUCAUGGAUGAACCAUUUCCUGUCCCCUGCCUGAAUAAACAGUAAAUUACAAUGCCUUUGUUUGAAGUUAUCAACAGUAAGUAGUAGUAUGGAGUUGGCCAACAAUCUUGGUACUAUAAAGUAGUUGCCGUGCCAAAUGCUUGUUUGGGGUGUGCCUUGCUAUGGUAUUGUACUCAUGCUUUCUGUACUUCGGCUGGGCAAAAUGUGCCUUUUGAUUGUUUAUGAGUUAAUAUAAGUAUAGAACUGGGCCGGGG